AUGGGCACCCGCGGGCCCUACGCGCUGGUGGACACCACGCCCGCAAAGACCAUCCUGGUGUACCGCAACGGCGACCAGUUCUUCGCGGGCAAGAAGUUCGUGCUGUCGCGGCGCCGCGUGGCCACCUUCGAGGGGCUGCUGGAGCAGCUGUCGCAGCAGGUGGAGGCGCCGUUCGGGGUGCAGCAGCUCUACACGCCCGCGCGCGGCCACCGGGUGCUGCAGCUGGACGCGCUGCAGGCGGGCGGCAAGUACGUGGCCGCGGGCCGCGAGCGCUUCAAGAAGCUCGAUUAUAUUCAUAUAGUUCCCAGGAAACCUGCAAAGAUGAGAAAGUUGAAGGAAAUCAAACCAGUGGUACAUUGUGAUAUAAAUGUGCCUUCCAGGUGGCAAACAUAUAACCGUAUAUCCCGACAUAUAAAUGUUUUCACAAAUGGAAGGUUAUUUAUUCCACCCGUAAAAAUCAUUAUACCCAAAUUCAGUCUGUCCGACUGGAAUGUCGUGCUGGCCGUGGUCGGAGAGAAAGUCUUCCCCCUGGGCGGCGUGCGGAAAUUAUUUACAAUGAACGGGCAUCUUCUGGACAACUCGAAGGACUUGCAAGACAAUCAUUUCUAUGUCGCUGCGGGACUGGAGACCUUCAAACACUUCCCUUACUGGAAUUCUCCACGGGUUCCCAGCGAGGUCCAAGAAAGGUACGCGGAUACUGGCAAAUACCCACCAAGAAAGAAAACGGUGGAUGCCAAAGGAAAAGAACCUCACAAAUACGACAAUGUGCCACCUGAAGCACGCGAUUCUGUUUAUUACGCCAAAGAAGAAAAGAAAACGUUGGUAGAACCUUUAAUCCAACGUGGCGCAGAAGGUGACGUGUUUAAAGCACAGACGGCCAGCAAGGAAAUGCAAGGGGCUCUGGACGUCAAAGAGGACCAGAAGGUGCAGGUGGAGGUCCCCGUGGACCAGACACCAGCCGAGACAGUGAAAGAAGACGAAGAAAUAUAUGACAGCUCUCCUGGUCUGGAAGGCAGCAAGGAAAAAGAAGAUGAAAGGCUUUAUGAAGAUAAUGAGAGAAAGGAUAUAAUGUGAACACAUCGAUCACUUCUGAUGUACAAGCAUCAAGACAAGUUGCCAUAGUGACAAGUUCCAGGGACAAAGUAUAUAAGAAGAUGAAAAGAUAAUGGUGAAAAUUUUUUCAAAGCCUUCAAAAAUCAAGUAUAAUUUUGAUGAAUAAUCAGUGUGCUAUCAGUAAAAAAUAAAGUA